AUGGCAGUCAUUGAAAUCGAAUCAGAAGAGCAGUUCACCGAAUUAACCAAAUCAGAUCCAUCUAAAUUAAUCGCCCUUUAUUUCCAUACUCCAUGGGCAGCACCUUGUAAAACCAUGAAUAGUGUUUUUAAAACAUUAGCAGAAUCAAAAGCCACCGAUCCAUCCGUUUUAUUUCUUUCGAUAAAUGCUGAUGAAUUGGCCGAAAUAAGUGAAUUAUUCGAAGUGAGUGCAGUUCCAUAUUUUAUCCUAAUUAGAAAUUCAACCAUAUUGAAGGAAUUAUCAGGUGCUGAUCCAAAAGAAUUCAUUCAAGCUUUGAAUCAAUUUUCAAAUAGUUCCCCAGCAGCCGCUCAAACUACAAAUAUACCACCACAACCUACUGCACAACAACAACUGGCAGCACCGGUAGGUUCCACACCUGCUGAAGAAUCAGAAGAAGCACUUAAUGAACGACUCAAGAAAUUGACCAGUGCGGCUCCAAUAAUGUUAUUCAUGAAAGGAUCCCCCUCGGCUCCACAAUGUGGAUUUUCAAGACAAUUAGUGGCAAUUUUGAGAGAACAUCAAGUUAGAUUUGGAUUUUUUGAUAUUUUGAAGGAUGAUAAUGUAAGACAAGGAUUGAAGGCAUUUAGUGAUUGGCCAACAUUCCCACAAUUAUAUAUUAAUGGAGAAUUCCAAGGGGGGUUGGAUAUUAUUAAGGAAAGCAUUGAAGAGGAUGAACAUUUCUUUGAACAUGCGCUUGAAACCACUGCUUAG